CAAUCACGACAAUCUGGCACCAAGAGUCACUUAAAAUGUCAAAGAAACUGUAAAAACAUGGAAAUGGAAAGAUUGGGAAAUGGUAAAUUGUGAGUGAUGUCGAUAUUACUGCAGCGCCGGCUCCGCUGACGCAUGGCGAAGACUGUCAGCUUCAAUGCCAACUGUAACCUGAGUGACUCGUACUUGGAGGACGCUGCCAAAUGGCUGAGCUGCAAUGGCGAGGUGUGGGGCAUGGGGCCCACGGCCCUGUUCACGGCCGCGGCCGCGCUGUUCUUGCACCACGAGCUGCAGGCCUCGCUGUUUGGCCCUGGGGACCAUCCGAAUGUGACAAUGCUGGAACACAUUCUCGUGACCGCCAUGGUGGUGGGCACGCUGGCGCUGAUGGUGCACAUCUGGGUGUGUCUGAUGCGGUUCUUCCAGUACUACCUCGACACCCUCAUUAGAGAUAGCCCCAACGUCCUACUGGAGAUGACGACCGCGGGCCUGCUGGGGUCCUCGCAGCCAGAACUGGCUGCCCUCGGCCCGCUGACCCGGUUCCUCCGGCAGCAGCAGCCUCAGAUCCACAUCACGCUCUGCUGGCUGCUGGCGCUGUGCUACGCCGAUUACAUCAGGAAGCAUUACAGCACGAGAUUCAAUAUGCCGUAUUUGGAACAGUGGCAAGGGGAACUGCACGCGAUGGCGGAACGGCGCGCUCGCGGCGCUCUAUCGGCAGCGCACAGUUUCGCAGAGGGAGUGCGCCAGCGGCUCCGGGGCCUUGCACCACCGCCGCCAACUAACGAGGCCCAUACUAUCACGUCGGACAAAAGCUCGCGGACUGCCCUCAGCAGAUGCGGCAGCUCGGCGCUGGGAGGCCGUUGCCGAGCCAGCGAGGCCGAGGUCUGUGUGCACAACGAACGUACAGCCAUCGACACCGAGGACUUACAGAAGCUUAGAGCGUAUAUCAAGGCGACGCGGUGCGCAUGCGGCGGCGGCGGGACAUGCAGUACACGAACAUGUUCACUCACACCGACUCGCACGCCCUCAACACCUGCUGCAGACGCAGUUCAGUCGGUCAGUGAGUCGUGUGGCGUCCGAUCCAACACUACAGUGUCCUUCGCACAAUCUCUCGAGCGGAGACGGAGCAGCAUAUGGUAACAAGGUCACUAGGUGGCGGUGGCAGCAUGUUACGACCAUGUUCGACCACGCCACCUACGCCCCCGUCUGCAGUUCAGUCGUGUGGAGGUGUAUCUGGCGCGAGAUUUGUACUGAACUUUCAUAGAAGAGCCGCGCCAUCUUUCGUGACUCGACUUUUAAGAGCGGGUGUAGAUCAGAUCAGGCCUGCUUAACUGUUUCUGGUGUUGAUUGUACCUAUAAGGUGGACUAUUGCAGAAUGUGAAGUUUUAAUCUUAUUGGAUCAUGUGCUUUCAUUUCUUCGAUGACCUUCUAUGUAAUAAAUGUAGUAAUUUUGAAUGAUUAUUAAGCUUUUUAGGAUGUUUUUCUGCCUUUGCCGUCAUAUAUCAUAUUUAAAAACGUCACUCUGUCACGCAACUCUGUCAUGAUAUGCGUUGCGUAAGUAUAUAGGUAGAUUUAAAGCUACUUGAAGGCACUAAGGUCAUCAAAAUUGUAAGACUUGUAGAACUUCUUGGCGUGGCGACAUUCAAUAUGAUUUAAACGUUCUUGUCGUGUCCAAAGAUAAAUAACCUCUUAAUUAAGUGGAUACUCGAAUCGAAAUGAGGUUUGGUUGGUUGAUAAUAAGGAUCUGCGGUGUCUAUUUAGGCACAUUUGAAUUAAAUUAAUAAAUGAUGUACAGGAUA